AUGGAAAUUCGAAAUCGGAGUUGGUACAUUAUUUUUAACUGUGCUUUGAUACCACUUGUUGUAGCCAAAACCUUCUCCUUGAACGACGCACUCGCGGCUGAAUCACAACUGAAGACUUCAGAUCUAUCUUCACCUAUAUCCACAGAAACGACAGCUCAUCGGUUUUCCUUAAAUAGGGCGUUUACUACAGAUACCCCUAGAAAGCUCAAACUAGAUAAAUUUCUCUCAGACAAACUACCACUUUCGAAAUAUAACAAAAGUCCGUUUAAAGCAAAAAAGGCAAGACACAUUCUGCGACCAUUUCAUAUAAAAUCAAACGCAUAUAAGAAGCGUGAAAUAUUUAAGAAUGACAAGACCGACAAGAAAUACUUUCCACUCCUUAAAAAUUUGGGUUUGUUACUUGAUAAUUUGCUCAACUCUGAGCCAGUCGAGUCCUACGAGGUCAGUAAACGUAAACAAAAGCGUCACAAGUAUCAACCAGAAAAGAGACCUGGAUUCGUAUGCAAAUGCGCUUUACAGUCAGACUCCGAAGUUGGAGACUCUAAGACGAACAAAAAGACAACUGUUCUUACCAAGACUAUCCCCACUGAGAAGCCGGCUACCGCCGCGACGUCCGCUGAUCCUACCGUGGGUGACAUCAGCGGUGUCGGACAGAAUAAGGAGCUACCCUUACUACUUCCAAGAGAUUCCCCUGGCAAUCGGAGAGACAGUUAUGGACACGAUGAGAGAAGCCGCUCCACACUUCACGGAAGCUUUGAAAGAAAUAUCCCCAGGAAUAUUAGAAAUCGUAAACAUAAUUCCAGAAUCGAAAACGACAAAUCCAGUGCACAACGUGAUGAAAAAGUUACCUACAGUUAUCCACGAGACGAUGCAAGUAGCGAUGAAUACAGAAGAAGACAAUACAGAGGAAAUGCCGAUAUUCAGGUCGAUCGAAGAGCUGCCUCUAAGAGAAAGGAAUUCGAAGAAGAUGAAAAAGACAACGACGUUUUUGGAAGAGACUCCUAUGAGAAGCAUACAAGAGAAAUUCAACUCAAAGUUGGAAGAAACGAGACAAAAAGCGAAAACCUUUUACCAGAAUAUGUUCGAAGAUACCGAAGACCUGUACCCGAAACUGAAGAUGGCGAUAUCGCAAAGCCCCUACAAUCCAAAAAAGAUUAUGAGGAAAGCAUCAACAAUGUCUCAUUCGAUAACACCAGUGAUCAACGAAUCACUAGCAGAAGUAGCACAUCUCCCACAGAAGCUAAAGAAACUAGUGCAAGAAAUGAAAACAUGAUUUCUUUUAAAGAUUUGUCAAAUUUAGAUUUAGCGUUCCAUAAAAGUCCUAAGUUUGAAACGCCUUCAGUCACUAUAAUAGAUGGAUAUAGUGUUGCCAGUGAUAAAAACGGCAAGAAUAAGUUAACAGAAAAAACUAUCCAUAUUCAUACUUAG